AUGAAGCAGUUGAUUCGUCGGUUAUCCCGAGUCGCCGACUCCUCAACCUACACUCUUCUCCGAACAGACUCAUCAACAACUCGUCGCCGGCGACCUUCCCGCCGAGUCGAAUCGUUCCGGAUCCGGAGAUCUUCCACGGUUGUUCCGGAAGGCCAUGUUCCGAUCUAUGUAGGAGACGAGAUGGAGAGAUUCGUCGUGAGUGCAGAGCUUCUGAACCAUCCGAUUUUCAUCAAGCUUUUGAACGAAUCGGCGCAGGAAUACGGUUAUGAACAGAAAGGAGUUCUUCGAUUACCGUGUCAUGUUUUCGUAUUUGAGCGCGUGCUUGACGCGCUCAAACAUGGACAUGACACGCGUUAUAUCGCCGAGCUUCUCAAUUCUGAAGGAGAAGAAGAAAGAUUCUGCUCAUGA